CUUUGUUAGUUCCGCCGUCCCUAAUUUGACGGUGGUCUUUGCUCAUUUGCCUGCUCUGUUCUUCCCAUGUUUUGAGUUUCAAUUUUGGACCGAAAGUUGGAGUUUGAUUCCCAAAGCCGGAAAAUUUCACCCUACGAGUGCUUAAUCACCGUCACAGUUGUGGCACGCUUCUAUUUGUUUCCAAAGCAAAAGGAUUUGGUUGUUAGCUUCAGCAUUGGCUUUUUCCUUCGCUCUUGUCGUGGUGAGCUCUCUUUCAGACCUUUUGACAAACAGAUUGUGGGGAAUUUUUGUAGUCAAAGUUGCAAUCUUUUUGGACUGGAAUUGUUCUUUUGAGUUUCUGCGAGUUGGGUUUCUCAGCUUUUGGUGUUUGUUAAUUGGUUUUCUGUUUGAUUUGCAUACUUUGUUCCCGUUUCUGAGAUUUUGGGUUCGUAGUAGUUUGCUUGGUGCUCAUAUUUCACCUGUUAAUAUAGCUGAAUUGUUGGAAUUUCGAUUUGAUUCCUGCACUCUGGGUAAUUUGGAUUGCUGGGCUGUUUAGAAUCUACCCUUUGAAACUUGAGGAUGAAGGGAAAGUUUGGAACACCAGGAAAUUACCUUGUGUUAAACACAGGGGAUAGAAUUCCUGCCAUUGGACUUGGGACAUGGCAGAGUGGCGGAGACCUUUGUGUUCAAGCCGUAAAAACGGCGUUAUCGGUGGGUUACCGCCAUAUAGAUUGUGCACAUCUUUAUGGUAAUGAGAUCGAAGUUGGGGAAGCAUUAGCUGAAGCAUUUAGGGGUUCACUGAAGAGGGAAGACGUUUUCUUGACUUCUAAGCUCUACUGCACAAUGAAUUCUCUCAAUAAAAUUGAGAAUUAUGUUCGAGAUUCUCUUAAGAAUCUUGGAGUUUCGUAUUUGGAUCUAUAUUUGAUGCAUUGGCCUGAUAGCUCAGCGUUUGGUGAUGCUACUGAUCCGCCUUCAAAGUCUGGGAGCGAGUAUAGGCAAUUCUUGAAUCGGUCGAAGAAAGCAUGGAAAGCUAUGGAAGGUCUGGUUGAGAUGGGUCUGGUGAGGGCUAUUGGGGUCAGCAAUUUCAGUGUUUCGCAAAUCAAACAAUUGCUUAAAUUUGCAAAGAUUGUACCCGCUGUCAAUCAGGUGGAGUUGCACCCCUUUUGGAGGCAAGAUGAACUUGUAAAGUUCUGUCAAUUGAAAGGUAUUCAUGUGUCUGCUCACACACCCUUAGGAGUCCCAACUUCUACUCCUGGAGCAUCUGAUAGCAGUUCAGGUGGGGAAGAUGAACCUGGAACUCCUCGCAUAUCAUUCAGGAGGUCAAGGUCUGUGCAUGGUCCUAUGCUGAAAAUAUCAACAGUUGCAGAGAUAGCAGACCGACACAGAAAAACACCUGAGCAGGUUAUUUUGCGUUGGGGGCUGCAAAGAGGAACCAGUGUGCUGCCUUGUAGUCUGAAGCCUGAUAGGAUUAGAAAAAACAUAGACAUCUUCAGUUGGUCUCUAUCAGAUGAUGAGUGGAACCGCUUGAACCAGAUCGAGCCCCAGGUAUGCUUGUUUGGAAAUGGUCCUUUGAAUAAUCUUUCGGAGAGUGGGUUUAUGUCUGGAAGUGGUCCACUUCAAGCUGUGCAUGAGAUGGAAGAUGACAUGGAAUCCAAUGCCUGAUACGCCGAUAGAUAAUAGUAUCCUCCUCGUCCUCCUCCUCAUACAAUGUGCCAUUUUUGUUCAAAGAAAUGAUCAUCUUAUAAUAUGUGUGCCCAUUGUUUGCAAGAUUUCUUGUUUGUGGAUGCUUAGUAGAAAGUCGAACAGACAUUAUCAAUUCAAGUGCCAAAUAUUACUUCUGUUUUCAACAAA